AUGGGUAAUCAAAACAACAGUUUGGUAUAGAAAGAAAAUUGCGCAAAUGAAUUGAGAGACAAAAUAGUUAAAGAAUUUUUGUAUAAAAAUAAUUAUAAAUAUUAAAAACUUUUAGGUAAGAACGAUUUUUCUUAUAUGAUAGUUGCUUAUUCAAUUAAAUUUGGAUGCUUAGUUUCUAUUAAGGUUAUUCAAAUGCUUAAUGGGGUAAAUAGAGUCAACAAAAAAAAGAUUGAUGAAUAAAUGUAAACUCUCUAAAAGAUUAGGAAUGAAAGCUAUGUCCUAUAUAUUAUUGAAUCUAUUCAGGAUGAAGAACAUGGAUUGUUUGCUAUAGUUUAUCAGUAUUGUUCUUGUAAUUUAGACACCAUCUUGAAUCUAAAUAAAUUGGAACUUGAAUAAGUAUUGGCUAUGGCAUAUUAACUGCUAAAGGGAUUAAUUAUUUUAUAUGAAAACAGUAUAACUCAUAAUAAUAUUAAACCUAAUAAUAUUUUAUUUUCUAAAUAUAAUAAUUUAUUCUUGAUAACUGAUUUUGGAUUAAAUCAAACUCCUUAAUCAUUUAAGUCUACUUAAAUAUUUUGUUGUAGAGAUUCUGAAAAUACUCAAGGAUUAGUUAUAUAAUAUAAUUCAAAUAUGAAAAAUUCUGAUAUAUUUAACUUAGGAAUAAUUUUAAUUGAAGCUUUUAUAUAGAGAAGACUAACUUAAAAUGAAAAAUAAGAUAUUAUUAAUUAACCAAGUCUACUUCAAGCUUUACCCUUUCUUAAAAAUUCAAAGAAAUUUAAAUUUGUUGAAUAAAUACUCUGUAAAAUGAUUGAUCAAAAUAACGAUGAUACCAAACUUCUACCAUAUUCCCUUCUUUAAAGCUUAGAUUAAUUUUCUAUAAAUGAAAACUCUCUUAAACAACUUAGGAUAUAAAAAGAGAAAAGGUGCAUUCAAAUAAAUGAAUUAUAUGAACUCUAAAAAAUAGUUGAUACUGAAAUUCUAAUAAUAAACUUUAGAAAGAAAAAUAUUGAUGCAAAAACAGCUAAAGAUAUAAGAAUCUCUUUAGAAAAGUGCAAAAAUAUUUCUGAUUUGCUUUUUGAUUUUAGCUUUAAUAAGUUAGGGUUAAUAGGAGCUUUGCAUCUAGGAAAAAGUUUAGAAAAAUGUUAGAAUAUUGAAACUAUAUAACUAUACCUAAAAGACAACUAUCUUGGUGCUACUGGAGUGAAAAAUAUUGGAUUAAUUUUUCAAAACUGUAAAAAUUUAGAGCUUUUGGAUCUAAAAAUGAGUAUAAAUAAUCUUCGAGCAGAGGGUGCAAAAAAUAUUGGAAUGAUAUUAGAAAAUUGCCAAAAUAUCAUUUAAUUGAAUCUAAACCUCGGGUAUAAUGCGAUUUGUGCAGAAGGUGCUAAAUAUAUAGGAAUGAGCUUAGAAAAAUGCUAAAGUAUAGCAUAUUUAAAAUUAGGCUUGAAAUUCAAUAAACUCGGCUAAGAAGGCGUAAAAAGCAUUGCAAAAAGCUUAGAAAAGCUAAAGGACAUUAAUUUAUUAAAAUUGAAUUUAUGUUCGAAUAGAUUAGAAGAUCUGGCAGUAAAGUCUUUAGGAAUAAGUAUAGGAAAAUGGUAAAACAUAGUUAAUUUAAAUAUUAAUUUAUCCAAAAACAGUAUUACUGAUGAUGGAGUCUAAAACCUUUUAGUAAAUUUACAAAACUGCAAGAAUAUAUUUAAAUUGAGUCUCAAUAUUAAAAAAACUUUGCAGACCUAAUAAGCAUUAGAAAUUAUUGGAAAGAGUUUAGAAAAGUUACCAGAAUUAAUUUCUUUUUAACUUAUUAUGACUGGUUUUAAUCUUGAAACUUCACAUUCAGUUGAAAUUACUAAAGAAGAUAAAGCUUUUAAAAAUUUUAUAAAAAGCUUAUAAUAAUGUAAUAAUUUAGUAUUUUUAGAUAUUAUAUUAAAUUCAGACUAUGAUAUCAUGUUAAAAUUUGAUAUUGGCUUGAAAAAAAUCAAAAAAUUAGUAAGAUACAACACUUUUUAUUCUUUAAAUUAUAAUGAGUAUUGA